UUUGCAUUUUACGUGUAAUCCCACAUUUUUCACACUUUUCAACUAUGAAAAAACUGGUGAUAAGUUGGAAAGUUUGGUGUUGAAUUUGUUAAAAAUAAAACUGAAAUGAAUCGGAGUCAUGUUCCGAUGUCUAAUCGAUUCCACUAGUACGGUAUAUCCUCGUGAUAUCCAGGUUGAGAAUGGGUAUAUAUUCGAUACCCGCCUCAAAAUUCCUCACUUUCUGAAAAAAGAAAUUCAGUAAAAUGGCCGCCAAGUCACUCAUUGCUUCUCUCCUCGCUCUCAUUGUUAUCAUUGAGGCUGUCUCUGCCUGCGGCUGCGGAUGCGGUUGCGGCGGAUGCGGAUGCGGAGGAUGUGGUUGUGGUUGCGGCUGCAAGAGCUGCGGCAAGACCGCUGUCGUUAUCAAGGGUAGCUGUGGAUGCGGAUGUGGAGGUUGCGGAUGCGGUGGUUGCGGUUGCGGUUGCGGUGGUUGCGGAUGCGGUUGCGGUGGUUGCGGAAGCGGUUGUGGUGGUUGUGGCUGUUGCUGCUGCCAGCCAUGCUGCUGUUGUUGCAAGCCAUGUUGCUGCUGUUGUCAGCCAUGCUGCAGCUGUUGUUGUUAAGCAACCAAAAUGCUUCCCCAUUUCUAAAAAGUAAUGUUGUCUGUCAUGAUAAUAUUUGCAACACACCUCUCCAUUAUUUCCGAAAUAUACCACAACUAAAUUCGCUGAUCCUCAUGUUAAUACUUCUGGAAUAAACUUUUUUUUUGUUUCAACACAA